CCCAGUGCCAGCAUGCGGUGAUAGUGUCCUGUGUGAAGUUGGGAGGGAAGCGAGAAUCUGCUGUGGAGGCUGUGGGGAUGCGUUGCGGGGUGUGUAGGAGUGUGGGUGUACCAUGAACUAUAUUAAGAUAAGAAGUGCUAAUGUGGGUGUAGGCGCCGAUGUGUAGAGGCUCGUGUGUUGGUGUAUAUCCUACCAUUGUGUAUUUUUCGUUUCACAUUACGUACUGGCUGGGGGUUGGGAUGGCAUGUUCCUCCCUUCUCCUUUGUUGUUUACCUGCAACAAUAAGCUAUCAAUCAAUACAGCGUGGUACUUGAAAGGGUGUAGUCAAGAGCUGCUGAGUGUAGUCGCCGAUGUGAAGGGUGUGGCAACAGUGAAAGCAGUGUAGGGAACGUGAAAGUGUAUUUAUAAUCUGAAAGGAUCGUGCAGAUAAAGUGUAUCAUGGUGUAUAUGUGUAUUAUUAUUUUUUACAACAAAGGAGACAGCUCAAGGGCACAAAAAAAGUAAACAAUAAUAAAAAAGCACGCUACUCGCUGCUCACAAAACGAAUCCAAAGAGGUGGCCGAAAGAGGGGUCAAUUUCGGGUGUAGUUUUGGAACCUAUAUAUUAUGAUAGUUAGGCAAGUGCAUAUCUCGUGUCACAAAAGUAGAUCAAGAUACACAAACGGAUUCAUAUUUAUGUACACCUAUACGGGCAGCAGGUGCGUUGGUGAUUGGCAAGGGUGGUGUUGGUGUUGAUGUUGGUAAUGGUGGUGGUGAUGAAACAAACAGCUGAGUGUGUCGACAGAAAUCUGCACAAGGUGUGUGGAAAGCAAUGCUUCGUGGUGGUGAACGUGGUGGUGGUGGCGGUGAACUUGUGCCUGGGACUGGUGGUGAACCUGACAGCGUUCAGCACCCGAGGCAACACCUCACCACCGUUUACCAGCAACCUCCUGCACCGCGACAACCUGACCCUGAUGGAGGUGGAGGGCGUGGUCCCAGCGGCCCUUGGACUCAGUGACGCCAGCGGAAACUUCACGUCACAUGCCUUUGUCUGGGCUGCACGAGAAUGGGUCAACGUGACAGGGGGCGCUGACGUGUGCCUCGCUACCCACUCCUCCGCUGACCAGCUGCAUUGGGUCGCCCAGCACACACUCCGCUGGUCUGGGCCUCUGUCGGUAGCCGUUUUCGUUUCAGGGAGAGAGUAUGCCGUGGCGGCUAGCAUGGUGGAAUACUUAAGACGGUGCGUCGAUGGAGUGGAGCAGCGUGUGUCAUUCCACUUAGUCCACCCUUUGUCACGCCCACCGAAGCCAUCAACAGCGUCGCCGCCAUUCGUCUCAUGCGGUGCGCCCCAAGAGGCAAACAAACAACUGGUGGCAGCGCUGGGACAAGACGAAACUCCGCAUCCGCGCUACCCACAGAACCUAAUGCGGAACCUCGCCCGCCGCGCAUGCCACACCCCUUACUCUCUCAACGUGGACAUAGACAUGCUCACAUCCCCACACAUGUCCCCACGGCUGUCUCGCUUCCUCCACGGCCGCCCUGUGUGUGGGAGGUGUGCCUACGUGGUGCCGGUUUAUGAGGUGCACAGUGCCGUGACCUCGCCGCCAGCAGACAAGAUGGACUUACUGAGGCUUUUGUUACGGGGGCGAGUCAGGAGGUUCCAUGAAAAGGUAUACGAGAAGAACCAGGGGAACACACACCUGGAAAACUGGGAGGUGGAGAGGCCGGGUUACCUGCCCCCUCCCGUGGCCUACGAGGUUCUCUACAACAUUAGCAGCUACGAGGAGUUUUGGGAGCCUGUUCUGGUGCUCCCUCGCGGCGCCCCGGCCUUCGAUGAGCGCUUUGUGGGCUACGGGUUCACCAGGAGCAGUCAGGUGUAUGAGCUUCACGUGAGAGGGUUCCGGUUCUUCGUGUUGGACGAGGCUUUCCUAACUCACAGCGGCUUCCAGACUACAGCCACUUACGCCCCCUCGCGCUACGCUCAGAUUGAGAUCAACCGUAUUCGCUAUCAGAUGUUCAAGAAGGAGCUCCAUGCACGUCUAGGCUUGCCCCCACCACCGCCACUCAGCCCACCAGCCCCCCGCCGAACCUCCAGGGGGCUGAGGCUGUCCAUCUCUGGCCGUAGACCUCGCUAUGUCCUCAGGGGGUUGCCGGAUCUACUGGUGAACAAGGGGAUCUGAUGCCGUGUGUAAGUGUGAUGGCAAGUACUUGAAUCAGUGUUGCCAGAUUGUCGCAUUUAGAACCAGCGUUACCAGAUUGUCGUACUCAGAACAUCGUAUUUACCGGUUUUUGACGCCUAACUACUGCCAAGAAACAUCAGGAAUUAACUAUUUUAACGAUAAAUAUAAAUGAAUCUAGUUAUUGGCGCCCAGAAGACAGAUUUUGGGUCGGAAGUUGGUAAAUCUAAGAGGCUGAGUACGACAAUCUAGCAUCGUUGUUUAGAACAUUGUGUACAGAGGUUUUGCAGUGACGUCACGAAAUAGCGUCGUCUGCACUUGUGGGUCGUCUGUAAACCUGCUGGUGGUCACCUCCCAGCAGAGUGAGCAGACGGACCACGUGUGCACCACCCCCAAGUUACUUUCCGCGGGCAAAUGGCAGGACCUUCAGCAUCAUUUGUGUUAUGUGAUUAUGCGAGAUCACUUGAGAACGCUGCGAAGCUUAGAUACAUCGAAAAAAUCAGUGCUUUUGGAGGCAUAGACCCUUAAUUAUUAGGGAAACACCCCGAGUCUGCUCCCCUGCUGUCCUCAAACGACUUGCCCAACAUCGGUUACCAUGAUAUAUAUAGCUAUCUGGUGAACAGCAAGAGCAAGCUGUUUACAGCUUGCUGGUGGGUAGGCUGACUGACUGGGUUGCCAGUAGACUGGCUGUCUGGCUGACUGGUAGAGUGGCUCUCUAGCUGGCUGGCUGUCUGGUUGACUGGUGGGUUGACUGGUUGCCUGGUGGGUUGACUGGUUGCCUGGUGGGUUGAUUGGCUGGCUGAUUGGUAAACUGACUGUCUGUCUAACUGAUCGACUGGAUGGCUAAUUGGUUGACUGACUGGCUGAUUGGUUGGCUGGCUGGUUGACUGGCUGAUUGGUUGGUUGGCUGACUGUCUGGCUGGUCGGUUGACUGACUGUCCCUCUGCCUGGCCGAUCUCCUGUUGCUGACCAGUGAUGCCCAGGUAGGCAGCACGGGCAGGCAAACAAGUGAGGGCAAGUGACGACAGGUGAGGGCAGGUGACGGCAAGUCACCUUACACUACGCUCUUGGUCACUUCCCUGCGUACACUUAUAUACUCCACCCAGCACUGAGCUCUGUCCCUCUGUGCACUUUGCCUCCACUGAAUUUCCUUUCCUAUUUUCUUCCCCUGUUUGAGCGCCGCCAUGCGUGUUUACCUCCGCCAGCUCAUGUAAAUCCCGUUCCAGAGUAAUCCCCCGCCACACAAUAAGCUUGGGGACCCGGGGCAAUACCUAAAUGAGUGUUACCUUAUGUAAUAAUCUGAUCAUUCUUGCCUGUAAUAUUUACCUCUGACAAAAUGAGCACUGCAGAGUCGAGAUGAAGCAGACGGCCGCCAGUUUUCCCUCCUCACAGCUGCUAUCCACUUCCCCCGCUCUUCUGGAUUCGCUGAAAAUCUAUAAAAUGACACAGCAUCUCUCCCGUGUCGGUUAGAACAUCCAACCGCACAGCAUACGUAUCCCAUGACGAACACACAGAGCACUUGUGCAGCCGCCACCAAGGUUUGCUUUGACAGUGACCACCGCCACUGACCACCAAGAUGGCCGUGCAGGCCCGCGCUACCCCCGCACCCCCACUAAUGACGUCAGCUGCAAAACCUCUAUAUAUCGGUUGCAGAUCCCAAACUGUCGUACCCACACCCAUAACGAUAUAUAUAUAUUUUUUAUAACAAAAGAGUCGGCUCAAGGGCAACAAAAAGUGUAGAAAAAAAAGCCCGCUACUUGCCGCUCCGAAACAGAAGAUUUGUUGCCCUUGAGCUGCUUCCCUUCCUGUGAAAAAAAAAAAGAAACAUUAAAAUCCACACAUGUUAACACUCUGUUGUAUACACGUAGUUUGCGAGGUACGGUUUUGUUAAGUACAGGUGUGCUAAGGAAUGUAAACACUUUGGUUUGUAUAAGAAGUACGCACUCUAUUUUAUAUUACAUAGACUGGAAUUUUGUCAGUAUUAUUGGGUUAUUGACUUUUGGUGGUGGCAGUGGUGGUGGUAGUAGUAGUAGUAGUAGUUGUUGUUGUUGUAGGUGGUGGUAGUGGUGCCAUUGUUAUUGUUAUUGGUGUAAUCAUUGAGAGAGAGAGAGAGAGAGAGAGAGAGAGAGAGAGAGAGAGAGAGAGAGAGAGAGA